AUGGCCGCCCCCAAGCUCAGCAACCUCGACCUCGUCAACGCCUGCGACUCCUUCCCAUAUCCCCCUCCCUACCGAUCGUUCAACCCCCAGCUCCGCUCCCGUCUCUACAGCUUGAAGGUCGUCGGCAACAACACACCGCUCGGCUACGUUCUUCCCGCCGUCGCAGAAGUCUUCCGCAACCUGCCUGACUGGUCUCUCGACGACGCGGAGGACGAUGCCACGACUACGCCCACCCUGACAAUAGUGUCCGGCACGAACGUCGCCGAGCGCUCUGCCGUUGUCGCGAAGACCUGCGAAGCUCUCCGCCAGACGGGCGCCUUCGUGCUGCUGAAAGGCUGGCGCGAUGAGCUGUAUCCCGUGUACGGCCUCGGCCGGGAGCACCUCUUCGACAUCGAGCGAGCUGCGUCGCCCCUGUUCGGUGUAAAUACCUAUGGGGUGCACAUGACUGUCUACACGCGCAGUCAGGAGAGCGGGGAGCUCAAGAUCUGGGUGCCGAGGCGCGCGAGGACAAAGCAGACAUAUGGGGGAAUGCUGGAUAAUAGCGUCGCAGGUGGGAUAGCAACGGAGGAAGAGCCGUUUGAGUGUUUGGUCAGGGAGGCGGCGGAAGAGGCGAGUUUGGCUGAGGAGGUGGUGAGGAGCGGGGCGAGGGCGUGCGGGACGGUGACGUAUAUCUAUGUCAGAGAUGAGAGGGCGGGAGGGGAAACAGGGCUGCUGCAACCGGAGUGUCAGUAUGUGUAUGAUUUGGAGGUUGAGGAGGAUGUGGUGCCGAAGCCCGGGGAUAAUGAGGUGGAGGAGUUUGGGCUGUGGAGUGCGGAGGAGGUAAGGGAGAGCCUGGCUAAAGGAGAGUGGAAACCGAACACGGCGCUUGUCAUGCUGGACUUUUUCGUCAGGCAUGGGGUCCUGACGCCGGCGAACGAGAAGGACUACAUCGAGAUCGUGUCGCGGCUGCAUCGGAGACUGGAGUUUCCGACGCCUUGA